AUGGCCGACAGCGAGUUUGAAGAAUUUCGGAGAGUUUUCGACAGAAUACCACAGCAUACAAAGGCUCCAACGCCGUUUUACUCUUUAGUGCCAAAUGUGGGUUUGGAGGACGAGUCCCCGUCAUCGAAAAGUGAUGGCACGCCAGAGGACGACAGAGGUUGCGUAGCCGACAAUGACUCGAUUCCGACGCUCCCUCCCGGGACAGCGUCCCCGGGGCCUCCGCCUGAGCCCCCCGAGGCACACCGCAGCCCACGUCAUCAAACCUUCGUCAAUGGUGAACGACGCAGGCGAAAACUCCCAGAAAUACCAAAAAACAGAAAAUCAACCAUAUUGACAUGUGGCCAACCGGCGUCACUUGCCGACGAGCUCGGAGCCUUGGCUGGUCCCCUUAUACGACCAGGAUGCCAGGGCCGACCACUUCUAGUGCUCAAAUGUGGGUACUUGCUCGAUGAAGACUCCAGCCCAGACUCUGAGCGACUGCAGAGCCUGGGCGACGUGGACAGCGGCCACAGUACAGCACACUCCCCUAUAGACACUGGCCCCAAAAGUUUAUCUCCAACACCACUACAACAAAAUGAAACAAACAUUUCGGUUUCGCCAUCAUCCAGCUGUAGCAUUAGCGGUAUCAAUUUUGCUGGAAACAUGACUACGGUGCCCCACAGUCAACUGGAAAUGCUAGAAGCAACACAUAGAGGCCUACAUAAAUUUAACCCGCGACAUCACGAUGAAAUAGAAGUGGAGAUAGGUGACCCCAUUUAUGUCCAAAAAGAAGCAGAAGACUUGUGGUGCGAAGGUGUAAAUUUAAGGACAGGACAGCAAGGAAUAUUUCCAUCAGCCUACGCAGUAGAUAUGGACUAUAAUGACUUUGAUCCAGCAAAUGCUAAAGUAAAAAGAGAGCGAUAUUUAUUAGGGUACAUGGGAUCAGUGGAAACGCUAGCUCAUAAAGGGACAGGAGUAGUCUGUCAAGCUGUUAAAAAAAUCGUGGGAGAGUGCAGCGGUGAACCUAGAGCGCAAUCGUGCAUUCUAGAAGUUUCUGAUCAGGGCCUACGAAUGGUUGACCGAUCAAAACCAGAGAGAGGUCGAAACGCUCCAUGCAUCGACUACUUCUACUCAUUGAAGAACGUAUCGUUCUGCGCAUUCCACCCGCGCGAUCACCGAUACCUCGGCUUCAUAACAAAGCACCCUACGCUACAGCGCUUCGCUUGCCACGUGUUUAGGGGCCAAGAAUCCACCAGGCCAGUCGCCGAGGCCGUAGGGAGAGCAUUCCAGAGGUUUUAUCAGAAGUUUAUAGAAACGGCAUAUCCAAUCGAGGAUAUUUACAUAGAAUGAAGUUCUGAAGCUGUAGCUAAAGCAAUCCUCGUUGCAGUAAUCUUAAGCUUAUCCGUUGCAUUUGUCACGGACUCACGGUUAUCCAAGAUAGACUGGAGACAAGCUGUAAGUUAAUAGGUAGAUUAGUAAAUACGUGUUUAAAAACACGUUGUAGAAUGGUGUACAGAAUUCAUGCUGGUUAUACUAUGGUGCUAACAUUUUUUCUCCUAUAUAUUAUCCAGUUAUAUUAAAGCUAUGUCUAUGCGUGAUUAUAAGUGCUGUGAUGACCUGAUGCUUCAAAUAUCUAUGAAAAAGAAAAAACUAAGCAAAGGUUAGGUAUGCCAGAUUUAUUUCUAGCGAAGAAAUCGUGAUACUAAUCCUAUUUUAUUGAAAUUUGGAGAAAAUCUGUGAGCACUAUAUGCGAGUUAAUUGUGACAAAGCAACGUAGGUAUCUUUAAACUCGUUGUCGGACGCUGUGUCGCCUACCAACAAAGUUUCAAGCAUUUUAAAUUGUCAUUCAUUUGAGUGUUAAACUAAACAAAACAUACUUGUAACUACAUAAGAUUUCAAUAUUAGAAAAGAUCUUCCAAUCGUAUUAUACCUAUUCACACUUUUAAAAAAUAACUCUAAUAGGUGAGUACCAUGUGUUUUCUCGCAGCGCAUCUCGUUCGCACCAGUACAAUGAAUUGACUUGAGCUUUUUGCUCCUAUGGGGUAGUAAGUGAUGUCAAAAUUAGGUGAUUUGACAUUAUUUUUCAAAUACUAUUCGGCCUCCACAAUGUAAGCUUUCCGAUGACGAUGGUCAAUCUUUAAUAGCCAUGUGGAUAAAAAUAAUCAACGUGAUAACAAAAUUCAUUCAUUAGAGUGAAUCCUUACAUAAUUCUUGCAACAGGUUGAUAGAGAAAUGCCUUUUUAA